AUGACCCUCGUAGAAAAUGAUUGUCUUUUUGUCAGUCUGUUUGGGAGCAGCAGCAGCCCUAGUAGCAGCCCUAGUAGCAGCCCUAGUAGCAGCCCUAGUAACAGCCCUAGUAGCAGCCCUAGUAACAGCCCUAGUAGCAGCCCUAGUAACAGGCCUAGUAGCAGUCCUAGUAGCAGCCCUAGUAGCAGCCCUAGUAGCAGCCCUAGUAACAGCCAUAGUAGCAGUCAUAGCAGCAGCCAUAGUAGCAGUCAUAGUAGCAGCCCUAGUAGCAGCCUUAGUAGCAGCCAUAGUAGCAGUCAUAGUAGCAGCCAUAGUAGCAGCCCUAGUAGCAGCCAUAGUAGCAGCCCUAGUAGCAGAACUAGUAGCAGCCAUAGUAGCAGCCCUAGUAGCAGCCAUAGUAGCAGCCCUAGUAGCAGCCAUAGUAGCAGUCAUAGUAGCAGCCUUAGUAGCAGCCCUAGUAGCAGCCAUAGUAGCAGCCCUAGUAGCAGCCAUAAUAGCAGCCCUAGUAGCAGCCAUAGUAGCAGCCCUAGUAGCAGCCAUAGUAGCAGCCCUAGUAGCAGCCAUAGUAGCAGCCUUAGUAGCAGCCAUAGUAGCAGCCUUAGUAGCAGCCAUAGUAGCAGCCAUAGUAGCAGCCCUAGUAGCAGCCCUAGUAGCAGCCCUAGUAGCAGCCCUAGUAGCAGCCCUAGUAGCAGCCCUAUUAGCAGCCCUAGUAGCAACCCUAGUAGCAGCCAUAGUAGCAGCCCUAGUAGCAGCCCUAGUAGCAGCAACAGUAACAGUCCUAGUAGCAGCCAUAGUAGCAGCUCUAGUAGCAGCCCUAGUAGCAGCCCUGUUAGCAGCCCUAGUAGCAGUAAUAGUAGCAGCCAUAGUAGCAGCCCUAGUAGCAGUCCUAGUAGCAGCCCUAGUAGCAGAAAUAGUAGCAGCUCUAGUAGCAGCCCUAGUAGUAGCCCUAGUAGCAGCCCUAGUAGCAGCCAUAGUAGCAGCCCUAGUAGCAGCCCUAGUAGCAGCCCAAGUAGCAGCCAUAGUAGCAGCCCUAGUAGCAGCCCUAGUAGCAGCCCUAGUAGCAGCUCUAGUAGCAGCCCUAGUAGCAGCUCUAGUAGCAGCCCUAGUAGCAGCCCUAGUAGCAGCCGUAGUAGCAGCCAUAGUAGCAGCCAUAGUAGCAGCCCUAGUAGCAGCCCUAGUAGCAGCCCUAGUAGCAGUCAUAGUAGCACCCCUAGUAGCAGUCCUAGUAGCAGUCAUAGUAGCAGCCCUAGUAGCAGUCCUAGUAGCAGCCCAAGUAGCAGUCCUAGUAGCAGCCCUAGUAGCAGCACUAGUAGCAGCCCUAGUAGCAGCCCUAGUAGCAGCCCUGAAGCAGCCCUAGUAGCAGCUCUCAAUAGUAGCAGCCCUAGUAGCAGCCCUAGUAGCAGCCCUAGCAGCAGCCCUAGUAGCAACCCUAGUAGCAGCCCUAACAGCAGCCCUAGUAGCAGCCCUAGUAGCAGUCAUAGUAGCAGCCCUAGUAGCAGCCCUAGUAGCAGCCAUAGUAGCAGCUCUGUUAGCAGCCCUAGUAGCAGUCAUAGUAGCAGCGCUAGUAGCAGUCCUUGUAGCAGCCAUAGUAGCAGCCCUAACAGCAGCUCUAAAAACAGCCCUAGCAGCAGCCCUAGUAGCAACCCUAGUAGCAGCCCUGUUAGCAGCCCUAGUAGCAGUCAUAGUAGCAGCCCUAGCAGCAGCCCUAGUAGCAGUCAUAGUAGCAGCCCUAGUAGCAGCCCUUGUAGCAGCCAUAGUAGCAGCCCUAACAGCAGCUCUAAAAACAGCCCUAGCAGCAGCCCUAGUAGCAACCCUAGUAGCAGCCCUGUUAGCAGCCCUAGUAGCAGUCAUAGUAGCAGCCCUAGCAGCAGCCCUAGUAGCAGUCAAAGUAGCAGCCCUAGUAGCAGUCAUAGUAGCAGCCCUAAUAGCAGCCCUAGUAGCAGCCAUAGUAGCAGGCCUAGUAGCAGCCCUAGUAGCAGCCCUAGCAGCAGCCCCUAG